CAGAUUUCAUUAAUCCAUUACUACAUUAAUCGCAUCAAUUGCAAUAAUUCUACGACUUGUCAUACAAAUUUCGCUUUACUCAUCUGCUCAACUAAUAACUGUCAUCGAUACCUGGCCGCUUAUUUACCUGAUCUAUACCUUCCGAAAACCUACGCUACUCGAGUUCGUCGCAAAGCUAUAAGUAUUAUAGGCACUGUCCACCAACGAAAACACCUCUUCCAUACUUCUCAAGCUUCGCCGGAUCCCAAUCGACGGGAACAUCGCAACUAUGUCGUCUGACCUUGAAACAUUCACCAUGCUGCCCUUGCAGAUAGACCCUCAAACCAAGGCGCUGACGACACCCUCGAGUUCUCGUGCGCUACAAGCCGAGCUCGCCUCCCUCAACACGCUACAUAGAUCACUUCUAGCGCUUGAGACCCCGAAUCAAAUCCCACCACCCCCGGUGCCCGUAAACCCGAAGCGGUCCGCCAACGUGAGCAAGCUGCGGGAAAGCGGCAACGGCGAGUACCGGAAGGGGAAGCAUGCCGAGGCCGUCAAAUUCUAUAGCCUAGGCCUACAGAUGGCGCUGACGCGGCCCCUAUGGGAGCCGCAGCAGCUCGUACGCGAGGAGGUCGCCGCGCUGUACGCUAACCGCGCGCAGGCCCAUAUGGCCCUCCAGAGCUGGGCCGAGGGUGCCUCGGAUGCCGAAGCCAGCGUUGAGGCCAAACGUGUCGGCAACUCCAAGGCUUGGUGGAGGCGUGGCAAGUGUCUUGCUGAGAUGGGACGGCUGAGUGAAGCUAAAGAAUGGGUUUGCAAAGGUCUGGAGAUGGAGGGUGACGAGGGUGAGCUGGUGGCAUUGUUAAAGGACAUCAAUGAAAAACUGGGAGAAAAGGGUAGCUCGUGAUAUCCAACUCCUUUUGCGGUAAUUUUGAUUUUCUUGUACUCUUUAUACCACGAAGUUUAUGAAGAGAACCUGCCGUGUUCUCGGCAUGCUCUAAAGGUGUUCUAGGAGUUACUUGGUAGGACCUUUUUUUAUAGAUUGCCUUGUAUGGAUUUCUGUGCUUCCGAUUUUUGACAAUUCCUUCAAAAUGAAAUCAAGCUGGGCGGUAUCGUGGGGGUCAAGAGAGAUCAAUCAAUUUCACACGCAAAGAAACUGUUUGCCGUGAUGAAAAAUUGCCUUGUAGCUAAAUUUAUGUGCCCCGCACCCGUGGUGUUCUUCGACAUCUACAGCAUGCAUAUACAUUCAUGCUAUUCGUACACCUUGACCUUCUAAUAAUAACCACAAUUUGGUGGAG